AUGGCUCCCGCUCCAGCAAAGAAGGCCCGUACAGCCGCCACACCGGCUUCUACCAAGAAGCCCUCGCAGGCCACAAAGGCCGGCAAGGUCAACGUCAAGGCCAGCGUCAAGGCCAACGGCAAGGGCGCGGUCUCCGUUGCGUCCAAGAGGAAACGCGCUGCGUCCGUGUCGUCCAUCGACUCGUCCGAGUCGAGCGGUGACGAGGACGAUGAUGAAGAUGCAGAGGGUGGCGUCGACGGCCAGGCGGCCAUGCUCGCUGCGCUUGAGGCGCACGGCCGGGCGAUGUUUGGUGGACUCCUGGGCACGCAGCCCGAGAGCAGCAAGCAGGCCGCAGCGCGUGCCGAGAGGGGCGAGGACGAGAGCGACGACGACGAUGCGGAUGACGACUCGGAGGACUCUGAUGACGAGGGGUUCCACACCGACGACGGAUGGGGCGCCGACGGCGCGUUCGUGACCGACAGCGAGGACGAGUUUGCCUCGAGCUCAAAGCCCAAGGCCACCAAGGCGACCACGGCGGCCAAGGCUAAGCCAGCCGCGCCUUCCGUCCCCGAGGUGGUGUUCGCCGAAACUCCCAAGCCGUCGACAUCGUUCGUGUCCAAGGCGGACAAGCGCGCCUUCCUGCAGGGUAACUCGGCCAAGAUGAUGGGCAUCAAGAAGGAGGUCGUGGCCGUGACGAGGAGGGAGAUGCGCGCGCUUGGCGGCUCGUCUGCCAAAGAGGACGAGGCCGAGGACGAGUCCAACCUUCGCCUGGACAAGACUCUGCACGACAUGCUCCUCACAACGCUGCUUCCCGGUGCCGCCGCCGACGCGGCCGCGCGUCCCGUCGAAAAGCGCAAUGCCCUGUCUGGCCGCCUGCUCGAGCUCGCCUCCUACUCGCUGCCCGGCGAGGGCACGAACAUUGUCAAGGGCAACAGCCUGUCGUCGCACCCGGCCGCGGUGCGUACGGGCCUCAUCCACGCGCAGCAGCGGCGUGCGGAGAAGGCGCGCGCCGAGGCCGAGGCGGCCGGCAGCUGGGUCAAGGGCGUCGGCGGCCUGGGCGACCUGGGCAAGCGCGGUGCGGGCGUGCGUCCCUCGGGCCAAAAGAAGGAAGAACGCGCGUUUGGUGUCGAGACGGGCAGGAAGAAGGGCAUGUCGGGCAAGAAGAGCGAGAGGGCAAAGGGACUGGGUAUGGGUGUGGGCAAGUUUUCCAACGGUACCCUCACCAUCUCCGAGAACCAGAUUGCGCGCGUCAACAACAUUGGCAAGGGCGGAGGCGGCAAGAAGAAGAAGGGCAAGGGAGGCAGCAAGUGGUAG